AUGGAUUUCAAGUGUGCCUUCCUAAAUGAAGAAGAGGAAACUGAAGAAGAAAGGGAGAAAAGAGAGAAAGAUGCUCAUGACACUUUGGUUUGUAGACAAGCUCUCUUUCCACUGUGGUCAUUGGAGAAAUUGAUCAAGGAAGAGAUUGAGUCCCCUAACACUCGUUGGCUUGAACCAGUUGUUUCUUUUCACUGUGAGAAUACAAGGGAUUCUCAAUUUGACAUGCCUAUCACCCGAAAAGCCUUUGUAUUUCACCGUUUCGAUUCAACUGUCAACAUUCAUUCUCUUGAUCCGAAGGUUGAUCAAGAACUAAUCAAUUACUAUCUUGAAUUCUCUCAACCACAAUACCUGACGUGGAGUGCUCAAAAUAUUACAUCAGUUAGGGUAUUGAAACCGACUCCUGGGGGUUCGUUUAUAAAUGUCAAAUUCAAAAUUACGGUGGUUGCAGGUAGGAACGAUAUUGCUAAUACGUAUUUCACACUCCGCAUAAGGAAAUUGCAUUAUGAUAUCGCCUCUUACAUGGAUCUGAUGGUAUCAUCAGCUUCCAACUUCAUACAGGAUAUAUACAACCUUGGAUCGAGAAGAAUCGCAAUAUUUGGUGCACCUCCAUUAGGGCUCUUGCUAGCCAGGGCACAAAGAACACUUAAUGGUGGUGGAGUUAGAGUUUGUAUAGAAGAACAAAACAACGCAACACAAUUAUACAACAAAAAGUUACAAUCAGAAGUUGAGUAUCUCAAUAAAUCUCAUGCAGAAUCCAGGAUUGUCUACGUCGACAUAUACAACUCCUUGUUUGAUAUUAUGCAAAACCCAAAUCAAUAUGGCCUAGAAGUUGUGGAUAGAGGUUGUUGUGUCACCAGAAACUUAGAGGCUGCCAUUUUAUGCAAUCGAUUCCUCCCAACAUGUGUUGAUCCUUCAAAAUAUCUACUUUGGGAUAGUUAUCAUCCAACCGACAAAGGAUACAACAUCCUCAUAAACCAAGUCGUUGGAAAAUAUGUUAAUGAUUUAUUUUAA